CUAUAGUAUAUUAGAUACAGGGUGUUCCAUGACCUUAGAGAGUUUAUUUAUGAGGUCAUUCCAGUCAAAAAUACUCAAUGAACAAAGGUCCAAUUCUCAACGGUUAUGGAGUUAUGGGUAUUACAAGUUAAGUAAUGAUUUACCCUCAAUAAAAAUAAUUUGUUUAAUAGUAUAGUUUAUUCUACAAUACAUGUUCAAAAUGGCCGCCUUCAUCUUAGAUACGAGCAAAAAAUGAACAGCUAAAACGUGUAUCCAAGCUUAAGGCAGCCAAUUUGAUCAUGUAGACUAAAGUUUAUAUUAUUUGGCACUUAUUCACUACGAUACCUUAGCCCUGGAGUAAUCCAAUUUGCUUCAGGUUAGUUUUUUCUCUGUACAGAUGUAGUGUGGACAAUACACUUGUUCAUAAACAUAGAGAAAAGGUGAUAAUAAAUGAGUAUCACAGGUUAUUAUGAUGAGUAGUGACUAUCUUCAAAGAAACCAUCAAAUUCACUUUCGGCUGUGAGAACUUUAGUCUGUGAUACUUGAUAAAUACAUUCAAUAUUUAAGGAAUAAUAUAUAUGAUGUACUGGUUAUAUCAGCGAUUAUUACCAACUUCUACACAGACAGGGUGGCAAGGAAGUGGGUAUUGGCGAUGGCAGUAUUUUGGGGUGCUGUAGGAAUGAUGAUGGUGGUGGUGGUGGUAGUGGUGGGCAGUGAAGAUGGAUUGCAACAGAGUGCGCAGCCUAUUGGGAAACAAGAGCAACAGCAACAAGAGGAGGAGCAACAACAACAAAAGCUGCAACAGCAACAACAAUAUCGACGACCUAAUGUGGUGGUGCUAGUGGCAGAUGAUCUUGGCAUUGGUGAUCUUGGCUGUUACGGCAAUACUACCAUUAACACGCCGAACAUCGACAGGCUAGCUAGACAAGGUGUUCGACUCACCCAUCAUUUGACAGCGGCCACCGUGUGUGACCCAGCCGUGCUGCCUUGCUCACCAGCCGCUACCCAGCACGUUAUGGUUUGGUUGGAGGCAAGGGUACAUCAGGUGUAAUUGGUUUUGUUGCUGUCAAAGUUGGGUUGCCUUUGGACGAAGUGACCCUCGCCACUGCCCUUACCGCUGCCAAUUACACCACAGCUGCUGUUGGCAAGUGGCACCUGGGUUCUCGAUGCGGCCUUUUCGGACGAGGUUGUCGGGGACCGCACCUACAUGGCUUCCAGUCUUUCUUUGGCGUCCCUGCAACCCUGAUGCAAGAGAUGGGAAGUCCUCAUCCCUUUUUCACAUUACCUCCGGAUAACACAGUUUACCAGAUGCUGGUGACCAUAAUGUUAGUGACUGGAGUGACGCUAUGGGGGUGUAAGGGUCAGCGGGGUGUCGUCUUCGUGUUGCUGCCCUUCGCCCUGUUCAUAUAUGGUUCACGUUUUCACACUACCGCUUCCACCGAUAGGUGGUGGCUGGCAUCACCUUGGAUGAUGCGAAUCAUGAACAGUAUCCUGAUGGAUGAUGAGCGGGUGUUGGAGCAACCGAUGGUGCUUGCUGGCCUCUCACAGCGGCUGGUGGAUCACUCCGUUAAGUUUAUUGCUCAUCACGCCCAAGACGAUCGUCCCUUCUUCCUCUACCACUCCUUCACUCACGUCCACAUUCCCAUGUUCACAGCAGCAAACAUGAGUGGACGGAGCAAACACGGACGGUAUGGUGAUAAUGUUGAGGAAAUGGACGACGGGGUAGGGAGGAUCUUGAAUGCUCUCACAGAACAUGGCCUGGAUCAACAUACUUUAAUUUACUUCACGUCAGACCACGGGGGCCACCUGGAGGCCAGAGAGAACGGCGAGCGAGUUGGAGGCUAUAAUGGACGCUUCAAGGGAGGUAAAUGUGCAGGUGGUACUGAGGGUGGAAUACGUGUGCCGGGGAUCUACCGCUGGUCAGGUCACAUACCGGCCGGAGUCACUGACGACACCCCUAUCUCCAUGCUGGACUUGUUACCCACCACACUCCACCUCACUGGCCUCCCACCCCUGUCUCAACUAAUGCCUCACCUACCUCAAAGGGAAUUGGAUGGUGUAAGCAUUGGAGAUUUGAUGACCAGCCGUAAACAGCUUCCACCGCGGGUCCUCCUCCAUCAUUGCAAAGGAGAAAUACACGCACUUAGAAUUGUUCAAGGUAAUGCGACAUACAAAAUGCAACUGGCAGGGUAUAAGUUUAAGCCCGGGAGUACACAGUGUGGCUGGGGACUCAAGACUUGCUGCUCGUGCUAUGAUGUGAUCAACUACAGCCACGAGCCCACUUUUCAACCUCCAGCAGGACCCUUACGAAGAUCACCCGAUUCCUACCAACACUACUGAGUAUAUGCAGGUGACAGGAAUACUGAAGCAGUAUUUGGCUAAGUGGAGAGAACGAGUGACAUACCCACCUUCAUUGUUCGGAGACUUCCAGAGCAACAUACACUUAAUCUGGCGUCAACCCUUCCGUUCACUGUGGUAAUUGUCAAAUCUAACUGUCUGUAAAAUAACUGACAGGUCUUACACCGUGUAUUUGGUAUCCAUAUCUCGAUAAUGACCUGUAUCUGUUAAGGCUUGACUUCAAAGCUUUCACACAUAAAUGGAGUCAUGACAAUUGAGGAAGUAGGUAGUAGGCAGCUAUCGAACAGUGAGUUAUUACCGCCUGGGAAGAUAUUGGAAACAUAAUUUGUUGUGUA